UUUCGAUGGAAUGGAACAUUUUAACGUCGCGGUUCUCUGCUUGCUUUAAAAACCCAAUAUCGUAAAUCAUGCGAAACGUGUAAGUGUUUUAAUAUUUGCAUUUAAACAAUCGUUGAAAACCAAAAUCACUUUUCGAUCGAUGUUAGCGUGCGUGUAGGGUGUUCUCGUUCCGUUUAUUUGUCUCGUUAAGAGAGGAAUCGUUUUUUACGCAUCGCGACUACCUGUGCAGUGUGUAAACAAACCAGAAUCCAACCAAUUUAGAUUGGAUCCGUGUGCUGCAUUCAAUUAGGUGUGGUCGUGUUGAUAGCUUAACGUAAACAUAGCCCCCCCUUCUCAUACCAUAUCACCGGCAUUAGUACGCUGGUGGGCAAAAUUAGAAGCCAUUUAUCAACAUAUGCUUCCACGCCGUUUGUGUGUGGGUAAGUGUGGCGCUUCGCAGUAACGCUAAGAAUAACACACCAAAGCGGCAAAGACACUCGCGGCGUAGCGGCACGCACUCAGCCGGCCGGCAUCGCAUGUUGUUGGAACGUUGUGUAUUUGUGAUCCGAAGCGUUCCAACAUCAUCGCGAUCGUUAUAGGCGCUAUCAUCUGCUUCGGUAGUCGUCGUGACAACAACGUUUGGCCUUGAGGUGGAAGCGUACAGCAGCAUUUGGAGCAUUGACCAUCGUGUCCCGGCUGCGGAUUAGUUCGGUGUCAAGCGUUCUAGCAAGCAGUGCAUCCAAGCAGGUUCUCCGUCUGUGGUUAGGUAUCGUACGUACGAAGCGGAACAAAAUGGCGAAUCCUAAUCAAGAGAUCAAAUACACCAAGCUCUUCAUCAACAACGAGUUUGUGGAUGCGAAGGGUGGCAAAACGUUCGUGACGCUCAAUCCCGCCACCGAGAAACCACUCGUAUCCGUCGCCGAAGGUGACAAGGAGGAUGUGGAGGUGGCCGUACGUGCCGCCAAGGCCGCAUUUGCCCGCUCGUCCACAUGGCGCCAGAUGGAUGCUUCGGGCCGUGGCCGACUCCUGAAUCGGCUUGCUGAUCUGAUGAUGCGCGACAUCGAUACGCUUGCGAAUCUGGAAUCGCUGGACAAUGGCAAAACGUUCGGUGACUCGGUGUUUGACAUUAAUUGCGCCAUCGAUACGUUCCGCUACUAUGCGGGCUGGGCGGACAAGAUCCACGGCAGUACGGUACCAUCGGAUGGACCGGUCCUGACGUACAUCCGCAAGGAACCGGUCGGUGUGGUCGGGCAAAUUAUUCCCUGGAACUAUCCGAUUCUGAUGCUGACCUGGAAGUGGGCACCGGCCUUGGCGGCCGGUUGCACUCUGGUGCUAAAACCGGCGGAACAGACACCACUCAGCGCACUGUAUAUGGCCGCCCUGUCGAAGGAGGCCGGAUUUCCGGAUGGUGUGAUUAACGUCGUGAACGGGUUUGGACCGACGGUUGGGGCAGCGAUCGUAGCCCACCCGGACAUCCGCAAGGUGGCGUUCACUGGGUCGGUCGAGACGGGUCGCAUCAUCCUGAAUGGAGCGUCCACUUCUAACCUGAAGAAGGUUUCGCUGGAGCUCGGUGGCAAGAGUCCGUUGGUAAUCUUCAACGAUGCUGAUCUUGACGAAGCGGUAGAAAUUGCACAUAAUGCGAUCUUCGCCAACCAUGGACAGAACUGCUGUGCCGGAAGCCGUACAUUCGUGCAGGAGGGCAUUUACGAUGCGUUCGUUGCCAAAGCUGCUGAAAUGGCCCGGCAGCGCAAGGUGGGCGAAGCGUUCCAGGAAGGUGUCCAACAGGGUCCCCAGGUGGACGAGGAACAGUUCAAAAAGAUACUGGGCUACAUCGCAUCCGGCCAGUCAGAGGGUGCACAGCUGCAGGCCGGUGGUAAACGUGCCGGUACCGUCGGCUACUUCGUCGAACCGACCGUCUUCUCCAACGUCACCGAUGAGAUGAAGAUUGCGCGCGAAGAAAUCUUCGGCCCGGUGCAGAGCAUCCUGAAGUUCAGCACGCUGGAGGAAGUGAUCGAGCGGGCAAACAGUACCGAGUACGGGCUGGCGGCAGGUGUCGUCACGAAGGACAUCAACACUGCCAUCACCUUUACGAACGCGGUCGAGGCCGGUUCCGUGUGGGUUAACUGCUACGACUAUGUGGUCCCGACGACACCGUUCGGUGGCUACAAACAAUCCGGAAGCGGCCGCGAACUCGGCUACAGCGGUAUUGAGCUGUAUCUGGAAACUAAAUCCGUCACGAUCAAGCUACCGUCGAAGGUGUGAACAGGAAUUGCGGUGCGUGUUCAUCUUCUGGAUUGAGAAAAAAAAUAAACUAACCAAGUCUGAAGUCUUUUAAAAUUUCCAUUUCUA